AUGACUGUUACCAAUGUCACUAGUUGUGAAUCGGAUGUCGAUCGCCACAUUCAAAACUUCCUGUCUGACAGGAACAAUUCAUGGAAAGUGAUCGGCUUAGACAUUGAACGGACAUUUGUUCAAGAUUCACAUGAAACCGAAGAAAAUUCAAAAAAGAAAAGCCGAGUGGCAAUUUUGGAACUCUGUGAUGGCUUUACUUGUCUUGUAAUCCAGCUUCCUUAUCUGGACUUCAUACCCAAUUCUCUCCUCAAUUUCCUUCAACUACCAGAUUUUACAUUUGUGGGAAUUGGGAUCAAAGAAACCGUCGCCAAGUUAGAGGAAGAGUAUGGACUUGGAUGCAAGAACGCUGUGGAGUUGGGACAGUUGGCCGCCAGCGUAAUGCGAAACCCUAACUUAGCCGCCUGUGGGGUGGGCGCUUUGGCUAAUGUGAUUAUUCCACUGCAGCUUAGCAAACAUACCUCCGUUGUAUUUAGUGACUGGGGUCGGAAAAAUCUUAACAAGGACCAGCUUAAAGUUGCAACGGCUAAUGCUUAUGCCUUCUUCAAGAUCGGGGCCGAGUUAUUGUCUCGUUCAGACUAAUUUAAGUGC